GAUAUGCCGUCAAACCCUGUGCCUGUCCCGAAUGGGAUGCUGCCCUACUGGCGGACAGAACCUCAUCCUCUGGAUAAUCAUCGGUCUAGCGAGGACCUACCGAAGCAGAGCGAUAUUGUCAUUAUCGGGGCUGGCUAUGCCGGCGCCUCUAUCGCGUAUCAUAUUCUGAAACAAAUCAAGCCGGGGUCGACGCCCCCUUCGAUCACGAUCUUGGAAGCACGCCAGGCUUGUUCCGGCGCGACGGCUCGCAAUGGAGGGCAUAUGAAGCCCGAUCUAUAUAACUGGAUUGCUACGGUGGCCGCCGAUCACGGCAUUGAGGCUGCGGCUGAGGCUGCAGCUUUUGAGGCCAAGCAUGUCCCCAUGAUUAAGGAAUUCGUGGAUCGGGAGAAGAUCGAUUGCGACUAUGUCGUCACCAAAGCAAUCGAUGUUCAGCUCAGCUCUGAUCACUACAAAUGGCUCAAGGCUGGGUAUGAGAAGCUGGUCGCUGGCGGAUGUGAGCCAACCAAGCAAGCCCGUUUCGUUGAGGGCGAAGAAGCACAAUCAUUUUCUGGCGUCAAAGGGGCCGUAGGCUGCUUCACAUACGACGCGGGCAGCAUCUGGGCGUACAAGUUCGUCCUCCACCUUCUCGACCAAGUUGUGUCGCAAGGCGUCAAUCUGCAGACGCAUACGCCUGUUUUGAAAAUUUCCGAGUCGUCUGAUUCCACGUCUGCUCACGGCUGGGCCGUGAAGUCCCCGAGAGGAUCAGUUGUGGCUCGAAAGGUAAUUCUCGCGACCAAUGCCUAUACUUCAGCCCUUGCCCCCCAGUAUAUGGGCAAGAUCGUACCCGUUCGAGGCACCUGUUGUCGCAUUGCCGUUCCGCCCGGCUCAACAGCAUCUUUAUUGACUAACACAUAUACUUUGCGCUGGGGCGGCUGGGACUAUGACUAUUUGAUUCCUCGGGCUGACGGUAGUAUCGUGGUCGGCGGCGCUCGGUCCGCUUUUAUCCACGACUUGAAUAACUGGUAUAACGUCAGCGACGAUAGCCGGGUCCUCCAAGGGGCGGUACGAUACUUUGAUGGGUACAUGCAACGGAACUUUAUUGGAUGGGAAAACAGCCAUGCCUAUACCGACCGCGUCUGGACAGGCAUUAUGGGGUACUCAUCCGAUGGAAUCCCGCACAUCGGCUGUAUCCCAGGACAGAGAAAUCAAUAUAUUCUGGCCGGUUUUACAGGUCACGGCAUGCCUCAGAUCUUCCUUGCCGCCGAGGGCAUUGCCAAGAUGGUCGUCCACGACGUGGCGUUUGCGGCGACCGGUCUACCUCGAAUCUUCCAGACGACUGCAUCUCGACUUGCAGCUACCGAGAAUAAGAUCCUCAAAUCCACGCCCCCGACCGGGCCUGCGCAAACCAAACUAUGA